AUGGUUGACUCUAGCUCGGCCGAGGAACCGCGGGUGACACCGAAACCGCGCGCGCGGGGGGCGGCCCCGCCAGCCCCAGAGCACGCCGACACCCCCGAUGCCGAUGCCGAUGCCAACUUCCGCCUCAUGGUGCAGCAUGUUACCGGCGUCCAGGCCGAGCCCGGCGCGGCAGACGGCGUCCUCCUGCCCGGGUCGUCGUUCGACGCGUCCUCCGCGGCUCCCCUGCUGGACGGCCCUCCUUUCGACGGCGCGUUCGGGGAAGCGCUGCGGCUGCCGUCGGACGUGGACGCGGCGGAGCUCCAUCGCCACCACCAACAGCAGCCGCAGCCGUGCUACCCGACGCUGGACUCGUGGUGCGUCAUGUACGAGAGCAGACAGCUGCUGUAGCUCUAGGCUCUAGCCGAUCGAGCCAUUUGCCAGGAAGCCUGCUGCUCAUGCCGGCAAUCGAAACCCUGGGGCUGCGGGGCAAAAACCUGGCAAUGCUAUAACUUCGCCUAGACGAACACAAGUAGAUAGUUCACCAGCACAGACUCAACACUACACACAUUAUCUCAGACAAGGCUAGCUAGGAGUAAAGUAAGCAUAGCACCACGAAUCAGGGCUGUCUGAAUGGUUACCGAAGUGUACCUUGCCAAUAUUUUGGUCAUGGCCAAAACAUUGGCCUUUGUUUGGAUGAAGGGUUGUUUACCAACUGCGGUACAUUUUUCUAGUCACAAUUGUCCAAUCCAUCGGCAAGCAAAACCUCAACCAAAAAUUUGGCAAUUGGGCAGUCCUAGGUACAAAACAAACAGACCUUAGGGCAGGGAUAGUGCCAAAAACAGAUCCAUGCACUCUCCAAACCUCUCUGGCAACAAGAAGCACAUGUUGUAGAGAUUCAAUUCGAUCAGAAAAGGAGGAAGAGAGAUUUUCAGACCAUUUUUUUUCUCUCUUCACAUCACCUCUCUAGUUAUGUCGAUGAGUGAUCUCGAUAUCAGUGAUCAGAAGGAUCACCUCUUAGAGAUUCGGCAAGGUGUCGAACACUUCAGAUCUUCAGAUAUGGAGGCUUUGCUUAUCCAGGUUCAGGCCAGUGAGAAGGUGUAAUACCCUACGUCAUGCGCGUGUUCUUGCUGAAAUGUAUGUGAAUGUUAUAAGAUUGUUCCUCCCUUCUUGGCUUUGGUUCCUCCUUUAUAUUCUGUCAGGGGAAAUCACACGAGCCACUCAUUUUUGCCCAAAACGAUCUCCUUACCUACAUGCCCAAAUGACGCGCUCAUCAGGCAGGGAUUGGUAGCGUAAUCUUGUAGUGACGUGUUGCUGGACAUCUAACUGCCCUGCUGACAAGGGAGGGGUGCUGCCGUGCCGCACAGAAGCGCGGCCAGAGAUAAAGAGGGCAUUGUCCUAUCACAUCAUGACAAUUGACAAGAGACAUCCCACAACGUACAGGACAUAUGCGCCCGCGCGUGCCUCUUCAUCACCGACAUUGCCUACAACAUAAGCUAUUGUAGAGACGUCAGACCAACUUCACCGCGCGACCCCAAACGGACCCCCGGUUUGGCCCGAUUUUGUCCGUUUGAGGCGCCGAUGGGUUCGCCCUGUCCGCGUUUGUCCCAUGGGUCGUGGGUACGCCCAACGCGCGGCCGCACCUCAAAACAUGUCCGGGGUGAACGUGAAUAAAAAAAUAUAAAAACUAUAAUGAAAUGACUAAAAAAGUAAAUAAACGCAUUAAAAAACAUAAAACAUAUAUAGGGGCCAUGGCCACAAAACGGCCCUGUUUCUCAGUCCACUUAA